GCGACGUACAUUUUCUGCGUUGUUUCGAAGAGAAUUUUUUCAAUAUUAUUGUGAAUUCAUCACUAAAAAAAUGUUAGAAUUUUAUGAAAAUAUUGUGAAAUUACAAUGUUAAGGCGGUAUAUUCGUUUGUUAUCUUAUAAAGCUCAAGCUCAAAGACGUUAUUACAAAAUGAGUACUGCCAAUAAAAAACCCUUCACGGUGUUCGUGGAAGGUAAUAUUGGUAGUGGUAAAACGACAUUUCUGGAACAUUUUCGCCAGUUUGAAGAUAUAACGCUUUUGACCGAGCCAGUGGAGGAGUGGCGCAAUCUCCGAGGAUGGAACUUAUUGGAUCUCAUGUACAAAGACCCCACAAAAUGGGCAAUGGCUUUCCAAGCCUAUGUGUCCCUGACCAUGUUGGACAUGCACCGGAGACCCACAGCGACCCCAGUGAAGCUAAUGGAGCGGUCACUGUACAGUGCAAGGUACUGCUUUGUGGAGCAUAUGUACAGAAGUGGAACUCUGCACCCGGCCCAGUUCUCGGUGCUGGAUGAGUGGUUCCGGUUUAUUCAUACUGAGAUCCCUAUUCAAGCUGAUCUAAUCGUCUACCUCAAAACAAACCCAGUGAUUGCCCACGAAAGGAUAAAGCAGCGAGCUCGCUCCGAGGAGCAGUGUGUCCCGCUGUCAUAUUUAGAAGACCUUCACACCCUGCAUGAAGACUGGCUGGUCAACAGGACUCAUGCUGAGUGCCCUGCCCCAGUCCUGGUUAUAGAUGCAGACUUAGACUUAUCUCAAAUAACUGAGGAAUACAAGAGAUCCGAACACCAAAUCUUGAGGAAGGCCGUGGAUGUAGUGAUGCGGUCCCCGAACAAGCUCAGCCCUAAGAAGCCCAUCACUAGCUCGCCUAUCAAGAUUGUUCCACAAAUUAGACUGUAACAUAGACUUAACCUUGCUAAGGUUGCUUUUAUUUUUAUAAUUUAGAUUUUAAUUGUGUGUUCUUGAUUUUACCUAAGUUCUUUGGUAAAAAAUAGUUAAUCCAGGCUAUCUAUUUAAGGCACUGACUUUACCCUGUUGCGGCUAAUUUCAAAUGUGAUAAAGAUUCCAAAAGGUUUCUUAAAUUUUCACAUUCUUAAUAAAAUUGUUUUUUUUUAUACUACGUCGGUGGCAAACAAGCAUACGGCCCGCCUGAUGUUAAGCAGUCUCCGUAGCCUAUGUACGCCUGCAACUCCAGAGGAGUUACAUGCGCGUUGCCGACCCUAACACUCCUCUCCCUUGAGCUCUGGCAACCUUACUCACCGGCAGGAACACAACACUAUUAGUAGGGUCUAGUGUUAUUUGGCUGCGGUUUUCUGUAAGGUGGAGGUACCUCCCCAGUUGGGCUCUGCUCUAGAUCUGGAAUGACAUCCGCUGUCCUGUGCCCUACCACACAAAGCGAGAUGUCAUUCACAGUGCCCAUACCUCUCUUUUGGACGUAGUUUAAGGACAUACACGGGUCCAGAGUGUGUUUGUAGAUAUUAAGCAGUCAUUCAGCAUUCAAGCAGUUUAAUUUAAAUGACAUAAUAGAUAAUAUUCCUUGCAAUUAGACUGCUGAAGCAGCAUAUGAUGGCGAGAUGACGUAUUUCACAGACAUUAUGUACCAAUUAAAUAUUGCCUUAUUUAUAUCUUUAUUAAAUAAACUUUAAUGACCUGCCUAGUGUGACCUCCAGUUUCUAAGUAUUAUUAAUUAUUACUAGACUGUAAGUAAUAACAUAUUUGAGUAACAUUAUGUUAUGACUAUGUACAUUGAUUGUGUACAUAAUACUAUUGAUUUUUGUGUAAGGUAUAAAAUUCCUUAACUUAACAUAUUGCAUUUAAUAUGUCCAUUUAACUGCCUUAAACGGCUGUAAAAAUAAAGAUAGUAAUAGAACUUUAUGACUGAAGCAAAUAUGUCUAUUUGCAGAGAAAUUUGUUUGUAGAAUUUUUAAAGAAUCACAAAUAGCAUAAUUGAGUUUUGCCAAAUAUGCAGUUUAUAUUUAUGUAAUUUAUAAACAAAUAAAUUUCUACUGAUCA